AUAUGUUGUCUAAUGCUCUAAUAGCGGCCAUUAGCAAUGGAGCCGUUAGAGGAAUCGGACCUCGUUGAGGGGCUUAGUGUUAAUUACAUGAAGUAUUCUGGAUUGUGGAAGAUUAUCAAUGAUUAUCGAGUGACAGGCAAGAAGAACAUCCUCUUGAAAAUUGGUCUAUUGAUCUCAUUCCUUUUUCCUGGCCAUUAUGUGAUGUUCAGCUUAUCAAGCAUCUUUUUUAGCGAAGUCGACUUUCAAGCGGCGACUAUGUUCGUUUUAAAUCCUUGUUCAGGCUUGCAAUCGGUUCUGAAGGUCCUUGUAUUCUGGUUUGGAUUGCACAGCCAAUGCCAGAUACUUAACAUGAUGAAGAAAGAUUUUUUGAGAUGUAUUCCGAAAGAUAAAGCAGAAGAGGCGAAAGAAAUUAUGAAAAAGAUUGCAAUUCGUUCUAACUAUUUUUGUAUAGCGGGAAUCAGCGCGAAUGCAAUCUGCGUCCUAGUUUGGAAUUUCAUUCCCAUCCUUAGAUCGCAGUACUUCAGAGAGGAAUUGAACAUAAAAUUAGAUAAUAUGGAAACAAACACACCGAAUAAAAUAUUAGGAGGAGGAUAUCCUUUUAACUACACGAUAACACCUUGGUCAGAGUGCGUCUACGUCUUUGAAUUCAUAGUAUGCGCUUGGGCAGGCUUCGUCAUCAGUCUUCACGAAUGCAUACUCAUACAGCUUGUCAUGCUGCUUUGGGGCCACAUACAAGUCAUAAAUUUUGUGCUCAGCAAUAUACGGAGGUCGGAUUUCUUGGUGAAGAGAAAUUUACCAACCCGUCUGUCAAAAAUUAAGGAAGAUGAUAUCAACUCUUCGGAAGCUGUUAACAAACGUAUGAACGACCAUUUGCUUAACUGUGUAAAAGAUCAUCAACUUACAAUGAAGGUCGGGGAUCAAAUUCGAGACCUUUAUAAUUUCCUUAUAACUGCCCAACUUGGUACAGGCCUGUUGAUUAUGAUAAUUUCAGUUUUUCAUUUUCAGUAUUAUGGGACAAAGGAUGCGUUAUUCACUGUCAAAUUUGUAGUUUACCUCGGGUAUUGUAUGGUCGAAAAUGUGCUAUAUUGCUACUGCGGAGCGUAUUUGGAAGCUGCAAGCGAAGAAGUUGGUAUGGGAUUUUACAGCGGUGAAUGGUACAAAGGCGAUGCCAAUUUUAGAAAAAUUGGCCAAAUGUUAAUGGUGCGCUCGCUGAGACCUGUUUCUUUAAUUGCAGUCCAGCUCUAUCCGGUCAAUUUGACGACAUUAACUAGUUUGCUACAGUUGACCUACUCGUCAUCAGCCUUGAUGUCAAGAUUCGUUAAUGAAUAAUGGACAAUUAUUGCAAUCAUCAGCUUGUUUUAUUGUAGUUCUUAUUAUUAUAGUAAAUGCAAUAGCAGAAAUAAAGGUAAAAAUAGUCUUUGGCAGAAACA